GGAUUGUGGGAGAAUUCGGACAACAGCCAUUUUCGGGUAGCGACUGUCAUCCUUGGAACACACUUCUCAAACUGUGAGAGAACGUACCAGUCCCAGAUUAUCUUUAAAACAACUUCUGAGGAUGGAUAGAACGAUGCCGACUCACAGCAAAUAGUGUUCCUGUAUUUUGAGCGCUGCUCCGGUUCAAGUUACGGAAGACGAUAACAUUGACUAGGCUAAUUCGUGGCAGGCUCGAAUUCAUUAGCUAGCCAGCCAGCAAUGCUAGCAUAAUUGGUUACAAUGUAUUGCUUGGAAUUUGCAAYCUUUUAGACCGCAGCGACUUUAUACAACGGGAUUAAAGCCAGUGGUGUUUUGUGGGCUAUUUUUAUAGUGCAGCAGGCCGAGUAACGUGUCAUCAGGAUUUAACCGGCGGGCGGACUGGGGAGAGAGAAGUGUGUGAACUCGGGUUAUGUCCACCAUGGUGUACCCACGCAGCGAGGAGGCCCUGGAGCGCCUGACCCAGGAUGAGAUCGUGCUCAACACAAAGACUGUGAUGCAGGGCUUGGAGACACUCAGAGGGGAGCAUGCCCAGCUCCUCACGUCCCUGCUGGACUGCACCCAGCCACCUGCUGCCCAGGAGAAGUCAGGCCUGCUGCGGAAGAGCCUGGAGGCCAUAGAAUUAGGCCUGGGAGAGGCACAGGUGAUCAUUGCCCUGUCGGGUCACCUGAGUGCUGUGGAGUCAGAGAAACAGAAGCUAAGAGCCCAGGUCAGACGACUGUGUCAGGAGAAUCAGUGGUUAAGAGAUGAGCUGGCAGGAACACAGCACAAGCUGCAGCGUAGUGAGCAGAGUGUUGCCCAGCUGGAGGAGGAGAAGAAGCACCUAGAGUUCAUGAACCAGAUCAAGAAGUUUGACGACGACGUGUCACAGUCUGAGGAGAAGGCUGCAGGGGAGACGUCUAAAGACAGCCUGGACGACCUGUUCCCCAACGAUGACGACCAGGGACAGGCCCAGCCCAGCGGAGAGGUGGCGGCCCAGCAGGGUGGCUAUGAGAUCCCGGCCCGCCUGAGGACCCUCCACAACCUGGUGAUCCAGUACGCCUCCCAGGGGAGGUACGAGGUGGCCGUGCCCCUCUGCAAACAGGCCCUGGAGGACCUGGAGAAGACCUCCGGACACGACCACCCUGACGUGGCCACUAUGCUCAACAUCCUGGCCCUGGUCUACAGGGACCAGAACAAGUACAAAGAGGCAGCCCACCUGCUGAACGAUGCCCUGGCCAUCAGAGAGAAGACCCUGGGGAAGGACCACCCUGCGGUAGCCGCCACUCUCAACAACCUGGCUGUGCUCUACGGGAAGAGGGGCAAGUACAAGGAGGCUGAGCCCCUCUGUAAGAGAGCCCUGGAGAUCAGAGAGAAGGUCCUGGGGAAGUACCACCCUGAUGUGGCCAAGCAGCUGAACAACCUGGCCCUGCUGUGUCAGAACCAGGGAAAGUACGAGGAGGUGGAGUAUUAUUACAGACAAGCCCUGGAGAUCUACCAGUCCAAACUMGGGGCUGACGACCCCAACGUAGCCAAGACCAAGAACAACCUGGCUACAUGCUACCUCAAACAGGGGAAGUUCAAGGAUGCUGAGUCCCUGUACAAAGAGAUCCUAACCAGAGCACAUGAGAAGGAGUUUGGAUCAGUCAACAAUGACAACAAGCCAAUCUGGAUGCAUGCGGAGGAGAGAGAGGAGAGCAAGGGGAAGAGGAAGGAAGCUAGUCCCUGUGUAGAGUAUGGGAGCUGGUACAAGGCCUGCAAAGUUGACAGUCCUACUGUCAAUACCACCCUGAAGACUGGGGCGCUGUACCGCAGGCAGGGUAAAUUACAGGCAGCUGAGCACUAGGAGUGUUCUACCAAGACACGCAAGCAGGGUAUAGAUGCCAUUAACCAGAGUAAGGUGGUGGAGCUCCUGAAGGAUGGGGCCCCAGGAGGGGGUGAGCGACGGCAGAGCCGGGAGGGUCUCAACGGGCCCCAGCGGGGGGACUGUGAAGGGGACGACGGAGCAGAGUGGAACGGGGAAGGUAACGGUUCGUUGCGUCGGAGCGGCUCCUUUGGGAAGAUCCGUGAAGCGCUACGUAGGAGCAGUGAGAUGCUGGUGAAGAAACUACAGGGCAGUGGCCCUCAGGAGCCCCGCAACCCAGGUAUGAAGAGAGCCAGCUCCCUCAACUUCCUCAACAAGAGUGCAGAAGACCCCUCACAGGACGCCAACACCGGCCUAUCAGAAUGCAGAGGACUGAGUGCCAGCAAUGUGGACUUGUCAAGACGCAGCUCCCUGAUUGGUUAAACAGAGACAGGAGGCGGGACCAGGAGGAGGAAGGUCCAAUGACGGGACCAGGAGGAGGAAAGCCCAAUGAGGAGAGGCAGUUUGCCGCUCAAAGCGAUCAAAACACACUUCAGAUCCAACACUCACAUUCAAGACAUAUUUUCUAAAGAAACAAGAAAAAGCAUUGCCAAAAAAAACUGACUUGACGCUUUUAGUGACUCAGACGUCUCUGUGUCUGCUUCACUGUAUACUUCGCUGGCAUCUAUCAAACAAGUAGAGAGAAUCCUAUUUAAACGGCAUGCUGCUUACUAGAAGGUGGAAUGUUUGCACUAGACACUCAUCAUGGUGAGUCUGAGGCAUAGCAUCAUGACAGAAUCCAUAUCGUUAUCGCAGCGUGACAAAUUUCCAUCUUAACCCGCACACUCUCAUGCAGACACUCAACCUUAGGCAGGCUAGUUCUAUUCUGAUUUCUAUCUUAACCCGCACAC